GUUUUUUUUUUUUCCUUUCAUUUUUUUGGAAUUUUAUAUGUAAUUUUCUUUAAAUGUUUGAUUUACUUAUAUUCAUUAUAUUGUGCUUUUGCAAUGUUAUUUGGUGUUUUUUUAUUUUAUUUUAUUUUAAUCUUUUUGAAAUUUUAUGUUUGUCAUUUUCUUUAGAUGCUUAAUUUAAUAUGGGUUAUGCUAAAAUGUGGAAAUAAUACCAGAAGAGUUAGAAUUUCAUUGUAUUUUUCAGAUAUUUUCAAAAUAUUUUUAGCCAUUUCUACAUAUUUUUUUACACAUAUCAAUUGCUACUCAUUGUCAUUAGCAUUUCCCGUUUAAUAUUCAUUUUAUUGUGCUUUUGCAGUAUUAAUAGUUUAUUUAUUUAUAUAUAUUUUUUGUUUUGUUUUUUAAGGACGUAGAAGUCUUGGAUCAUCAACAAUUUAUUUGGUAUAAUUACAAUAGUUUAGCUUGAAAUGGAGGGUUGUGGAGAUUUCCUACAGUGGCUUGGACCUGACACGUCUAUGAAUAUUCUCAUGUGUUUAAAGGACCCGUCAGAUCUCAUCCGUGUCUGUUCAGUUUCAAGUUCUUGGCGCCGGUUUGUGAUUGAAAAUAGCCUCUCGAAGCAGCUUUGUCUAAGACUGUUUCCUGAAAUAUCAAGUUUUGCCCAUGUUAUUGAAGUGGAAAACACGAUAGAACCCAUAGUAGUCAAGCCUGACAAGCCUAUGGAAUGGGAAUACUUGAAGAGGGAUCAUAGGGUCUAUGCCUUUUUAGCUCGUGGUCUUACCUCUUUCGUGAGAAAAGAUUGCCUUUCAGAGGCCAUUUUUGCAUCCAGCACUGAUAAUUAUCCUGAAGAAAGCAUUCAAAAUACUCUGGAACCAAGUGAUAGGGUUGAACAGAGAGCUUCAUACUGGUCAAGCGAAGGUGAAAGUGAUCCUACAGUUCCCGAGAUAUUAGACUAUAAGUUGAUUUCAAAGUUGUGUGUCAUCACUGAAAUCCAUGUACAACCAUUCCAAGCAUAUUUUCAGUUCGGAUUUCCUAUAUAUUCAGCAAGGGCUGUGCGAUUUCGAAUGGGACGUCCCAGAUCCUCAAUGGAAAUAGGAAGUGACUUCAGAGAUGAGUUUGAAGCUGGUCGUAAGUCACCUGACUACGCAUUCAAAUGGACAUACACCUCACCAGAAUUUCCAAUGGCUCAGGAGAAUUGCUUGCAAAAAUUCAAGCUUCCAGAGCCUGUUCUUUGCAUCGGUGGAAUCCUGCAAGUAGAGCUUUUGGGUAGAGUACAGAGACAAGAAUUGGAUGGUUUAUUUUAUAUAUGGUUAGUUCCUUGCAGUUCUAUCUACUAUUUAUUGUUACUCAGCGUGAUUUCUUUUAAUGGAUUGAAUUGUGAUGCAUUAGCAUGCUAGAUAAAUUUUAGUGUU